AAAAUAAUGUUUUUUUCCUGUUUUUUUUUUGCUGUUUUUAAAAAAAAUGUUCUAGUUUAACUGUAUUUUUUAAAAUUAUUUUUUUAUCAUUUUUUACAUGCAUUUUUAUGAAUGCACUAUGGACACUCCUGCUUUAGGAGUACUGUAAAAAGUCACUCUGGCCUCAUGUGUAGUGUCAUAUUUGCACCUUUAUCCAGAUCCUCACCAUAUACGCACACAAUUACAAGGAAAAAACUGUCAAGCAUGACUCUCUUAAUUCCCAGACAUGCACAUCACUGAGCUGCAUCCUCACAUGUCACCUACUCAACAAGGAAUGACUCAGCAGUCUAUUUGCAGACUCCUGCGAGUGCAAAUUUCUCAGCUACGCCCAAGCUCCUCACAAUAACCUCCCCCCUCGUGAGCUGCUGAGGUGCUCCACGUAACCUCAUAAAACACACAAAGCCGCAUGCACGCACACCAGCGCACACAUUCUAUUCGUGACUGCCAACAAAAGGAAGAAAACAAGUAAGUAAAGCUUUCUCAAAUGUGCACAAACACAGGAGAGCAUUGUCCCGGCUUCUUUUCAUGCCGCUGGUUCUGCUUCUUCGAGAACCGGUGUGCGACUGAGGAAUCUCUCAGCUCCCGAGCAACAUGGUGGACAUUUCUGGCGAAUCACGGCUCGGCGCAGAGAGAGAACAAAGCCUGCGGGAGCAUUACUGCGAUUUGCAGCUUGUCUCUCUUAAUUUGUGUUCCUCUUUGCAGCCAACUGCAGUUAGAAGUGUGCACUUAUUCAAGUGGAAGCGAGGAAAUCAGGUGACAAAAAGCGAGUAGCAGCCGGCCAGCCUGCUGGUUGGACAUCAGAACUUUUAGGGUUUGGACAGACAUGUGUUCCUCAUUUGCCACUGCUGGUCUUUGCUUUCCCAAUAGUGUAUUUUACACUGCAGUGAAACAGCUUUCUAACCAAACACUUUACAUCGUCAAACCACACAUAAUCACCAUCAUAGUGCAAACGCUCUCAAACGGAACGCCCCUAAGGUUGUCCUUCCGUCCGUCUUCUAUGCCGCUUAUCCUCACUGCGAGAGGCAGGGUACACCCAGGACUGAUCGCCAGUCAAUCACAGAGACCCCUAAGGUUGUACAAUUCAUAACUGGGCCAAAUUUGUAGGGAAAAAUAUGCCAACAACUUCUUGAGUGGUUUGUGCGUAACUUCGUUUUACACUUGUAGCAGUUCAGAAAGUUCAAAUGUGACUUGAAACGUUGCCAGCUGGUCCAGGGUGGCGCGCCGUUUCGUUGUUACGAACGCGCUCCCAUAAAAUUAAUGCUGCUGUGUCACCGGCAUGUCAGCUUGACAUUUUUUUCAACCGACAUAUAUAAAAACACCACCACCGGCUAGCACAUGUUACCAAAAGUGGGUUGAAAAUGUCUAUUUUGUCACAUUUACUAAUAAAAACUGCAUACAAAUUGUCGUAAAUUGUCAUGGGCCUGAAUAAGAUGACUGGUUGCAGUCUGGUAUGCGGUAAUCCCUCGCCACUUCACGAUACAAAUUUUGCGGUUUCACGCUCAGUUCUUCAAAAAUAUAUUCAUUAAUAAACCAUCGCUCUUUCGUGGUUGAAUGCGACCUAUUACUAGUCAAAGAGUAUACAUAUUCAAGCAAAUAUUACAUAUUUUUUGCCUAAAUUAAGCAUUUUCAAGCAUAAAAACGACAAAAUAUAAGUACAAGGCAUUGAGGAGAUGCACUCAAACAUGUUGCCAUGAUACGUAUUAUUCUACCCUGGUCACUAGGUGUCAGUAAUGUACAUAAUACAUACAUAAUACAACAACAAAGAUCUCUCCCAAUGCUAACAUGUGUGAGUCUAUGUUAUACAUUUUUUGUCUUACAUGUCUUAUUUUCUCUUAUUAUAUCUACUAUAUUGGGUAAUGGGAUUGUAAAGUUGACUCUAGGGGUGUUAUUUCAUGUCUAGAGGGCUCUAAUAAUGUUAAAAAAACAUAUUUAUAUAACAGAUUUGCUACCCUCUAACGACAAAAAUAUUCCAUUUAUAAAGAAAGAGUCCUAAUUCACUGAUGACGAUCAGGUCAGGACCCAAAUAACCGUGAUAAAUGAGGGAUUACUGUACACGUAUAUGUCCGUAACACAUACACAAAAGCAGUCACUGUUAUUACAAUAGCUAACGUUAGAAGCUGAACUUUGUCAAAUCGCUAUUAUUAGCUGACAAUAAACAGAACUAAUGCACAUGCGUGUGUGUUACGUGGGGCCGCAGUCGCCUAUCUGUAAAAAAACAUAAUUUUGGUUCCGUAAACACGAGACUCGCUGGAGAACUAGUUGCAGCGUGCGCCGGCGGAAGAACACGUGCCACGCACGGAAGGAGAAUGCGGCGUGUGCCUGACUAACAUCACUUAUUAGUUCACUUUUUGCACUUCAUGAUGUCUCCCAAACGGCAGGGCGCCAAAGAAAAGGAAAACCGUGACUCUCCAUGGAAGUUAAAGUGAACAUCGUGAAAGGUUCAGAGAAGAGAGAAGACAGUCGCAAACAUCAUUAAGGAUAAAGAUGAUGGAAUGCUAAUGAAUGGUAGAGGAGUCAUGGAUUCCAUGCGCUGUUCCAAGGGGAUCCGGGAGGAGAAGAGGAUGGUAUCCUUCCAGACUAGCCUCUUGACAAUAGUUUCAAGGAAAAGUGCUCUUUUUUUGGAAUUUUGCCCAUCAUCCACAUUCCUUAUGUGAGACUUGAACACACAACUCUUUUUUUCUGUGCAUUCUAAAGACAUAAAAACAGGUAAAAAGAGGCAGCUAAGAACGUGCGUAAAAGGGAUGCAACUAUUCCACCUAAAAAGCUUUUUGAAAAAAAACUCCCAAACCGCCAACAACGCUUCAUUUAGAUAAUGUGACCUGCAUAUUAACCAAGCUACAGCGACAUUGUUGUUAUUAACUCAUUCAAUCCCAGCCAUUUUUCAAAAGACAACUCCUUCAGUACUGGCCAUUUUAGACCAUUUGGACUAAUAAGACUUGUCUUCUUUCUGCUCCCUUUCAUUCAGGUUUGAAGAGUGUUUGUGUUUAUGUCAUAUUCUUUUAAUAUUGUUUGUUUGUUUUCUUCUUUCUUGAAUGAAAUACAUGUUUCAACAAUCUUCAAGUCUCAAAUAAGGAUUGUGGAUGAUCUGCAAAAUUCCCCCCAGAAAUGCACUUUUCCUUUAAGGUGCAAGGCCUGCAAGACAACCACGGGGGUAAAAAUAAGCAGAGCAGGUGUUCUCUUUUUAUUACUCUUUUAUGUAAUUCCUGUACUUAAUCUUUUGUGUUUAUGUGUCCUUCACUUGCUCUAUGGAUGAGUGAGUGACUUAGGAGUUCAUUUCGGUCCAAGUUCCGACUUAAACAAAAACUGGACUUGAAUGGAACUCAUUCGUAACAAUGAGGACCGCAGGGCUUUUAUGAUGGCCACAGUUUGACCCUGGAACAGAUUAUUUCCAUCAUUUCAUACGGGAAACAUUGCACCUCAGCUUGACAAUGGCAACCAGAACCCUUUGCAUCUGACCUUAAUGGUUCAGCUGCGAGCCGCACGGUGGCCUUGUGGUUAGCCACAUGGUCAGGAGAUCUGGAAGACCUGGGUUCAAAUCUCCGUUGAGCAACUCUGUGUGGCGUUUGCAUGUUCUCCCAGUGCGUGUGGGGGUUUUCUUAGGGUACUCCGGUUUCCUCCCACAUUCCAAACACAUGCAUGUUAGGUUCAUUGGCGACUCUAAAUUGUCCAUAGGUAUGAAUGUGAGUGGGAAUGGUUGUUUGUCUAUAUGUGCCCUGCCAUUGGCUGGCGACCAGUCCAUAAGUCAGCUAGGAUAGGCUCCAGCCACGGCCCUGGUGAGGAUAGGCGGCAUAGAAGAUCGAUGGACGGGUUCAGCUGCCUUUUGUGAAGUUAAAAAGUCAUUGGUGACGUAGAAAUGUGUUGUUGUGAGCAACAAGUUGCAGCACAGCGCGUGGCUUGGACACGCACCACUUUCACAUUCUACAGGCAGGUUUGAUUGCUUGCUUGGAGAGGUGAGAAGACUCUGGCACAUUGCAGAUAUGUGUCAGUCCCUGUCAGCGCCUCCUCCCCAACAAGACCUGAUGUGCUGAGUACACGUACAGUACGUCAACAAAGCCUUUUUACCUGAAGGCAAAAUCUGUUCCCAAACAUAAAAGACUAUAGCAUCCACAACCAACCUUGUGGCCCAUGCAGCUGAGCCCUUCUGUCCUUCUCACCACCAGACACAUGUAAUGAAGAUGAAAUUAUACAUAUCCAGUCUGGUUAAAUACCGUUUGGUGUGUCUGCAAUAUCCAGGAACUGGCUGAGGAUCUUCUCCUGUGGUUGCAGACAGUGAGGCAACCCAGACAGGAAUAGUAACAUCUGAUUUGGAUUAGUUUGAGAACAAUACCCCCCCCCAAACACACACACACCCGCAGCCUUCUAGAAUUCCCCAUGUUGGAUCACAACGUCAUGGAAAAAUGAAACAGAAACCCAAAAGGGACCCUUAACACAGUUGCCAGGACGACGAACCGACUCUUUUGAAGAGUUUGAGUAAAGCACUCUUACGCAUGCUGCAUGAACACAAAGUACACGAGUAGUGUCGUACCUCAAGAAAGGCGAAGGUCAUGUGCUCCUUCUCGCUUAGAAAGCCGAGAGAAAAGCUCCGUGUCUUGGUCCUGGAGCACUUUCUUUCUGAUCUUCCUGAAGUAGGCUGCAGUCAGUCGGCGUGUGCCUCCUCCAGGCAUUGAGUCAUCCGCCGCGCACAGCUCCCGGGUCCGCCCCUCCUCUUUCUCUUCCUCCUCCUCCUCCUCCUGCUCCUGCUCCUGCUCCUGCUCGCCGGUAACCUGAGCCAGGUGUUUGAGCCACAGCUGGCCGGGGGACGUGUGAUUGGUCGCCAAGGGAACCAUGUGAUUUUUACACGCCCCGCCCCUCGAUGUGAAGCACUUCCGCCAAGAUGGUCGUCGGUGCCUUCCCAAUCGCCAAGCUCCUCUACCUCGGAGUGAAGCAGAUGAGCAAGCCCAUAGCCAACCGGAUAAAAGCGGGAGCUCGGAGGAGCGACUUUUUUCGAAAUUACAUCUGUCUGCCGCCGGCACAACUUUACCACUGGAUUGAAAUGAGGACAAAAAUGCGUAUCAUGGGCUUUCGGGGUUCCACCAUUAAGCCGCUGAAUGAGGAGACAGCGGCAGAGCUGGGCGCCGAGCUGCUGGGGGAAACGGUGGUCUUCCUCAUCGGUGGCGGAUGCAUGGUGCUAGAGUACAGCAGGCAGUCUGCUAACUCGCGCCGCAAGGAGGAGGAGCUCAACGAGACCCUCACAGGCCUACAGACUCAAAUAGCAGAGCUCACCUUCACCACAGAGACGCUAAGCGCUCAGCUCAGAGAAGUCAACAGGCAACUGCUCUCCUUUCCCGUACCCACCAAAAAGUGAUUUGUUUCAGGUGCUGUACUUUUGUAAAGGAGGUAAAUGAAGGGACACACAACACGUGAUUGCCUCAUAUAAAGCCUGAUAGCAAAUACUUCACACACUGACCACUCUCCUGAAGGGUGGACGUGGCGGAUGAAACAUCAGCGUGCUGCAAGAUUUGACUUUUGUAAUUAGCUCACAUUUGGAGCAACUAGUUCUAUGAUGUUGCUAUGAUAUUCAUAGUGUAUUUGUGUGGUUGAUAUUGCAUGCUGAUUACAAAAUGGACUGUGUAGAGCUUUCAGAAGUGACAUUUGUGGGCCUGUAAUCACUUGAGAGAGGUUUAAUUUGUGAUUGGUGUCGAUUAUUAUCCAAUCUCUCUCAGAAUUUCAGUCAUAAUCACUGUGAAAACCAUUUGCUGGUUGAUGUGGAGCAGAUGUAAUCAAAUAUGGUGUAAAAUAAAUAAUACUGCAAGAUUUAAAAAAAUAAAAUAAAGACAAUAAAAUAUU